AUGUCCUCGCUCGCGGCCAGUGCCACGGCCUCCCAGCCCAACUCAGGCUCCGAUAUGGAGUCCCAGAGCGCCUCUGGGUCCUCGUCACUGUGCGACGGGGUCCCGGGCACCCACAGUCUCCAGACGUCCGCUCUUUUGAAUCGCUACGCUACACAUGCGUUGUAUCUUCCCAACAUCUACAUCGAGCCGUCCAACACAGGUAACCACGAGGAGACCAAGAAGAUGCUGUGCACCAUUUUCCCCCACUGGAACGACGAGUCACAGAUCAGCGUGAAACAGUUCACAGGCGGCAUAACCAACAUGCUGCUGGAGUGCACGAUGUACCACCCAAACACAGAAUCACAUGAAAAAGUUCUGGUGAGAACUUAUGGCCGCGGGACAGGCAUGAUUAUUGACCGCGAUAGAGAGUUUGUUUCGCAUCUGGUGAUCAACUCGGUCAACCUGGCUCCGCCUAUCCACGCCCGGUUCGGGAACGGGCUGGUGUACGGCUUUAUAGAGGGACGCUCGCUGGAAUUCACAGAGCUCGCCGAUGAGCAUCUAUACCCAUUGAUCGCCGCCAAACUGGGCCAGUGGCACCAGCAGGUGCAGGUCGACGCGAUCGAGGAGUGUCUGGCGAAGCUGCGCCGGGAGUUUCGGGGCUCCAAGCCCGAAUCGAACGCUUCUGACCUGUGGUCUGUGAUAUCGAACUGGAUCCAGCUACUACCAGAGAUCGAGGGAAUCACCAGCAGCUGUGCGCGGAACAUCGACAUCCGGGAGGUCCAGGACCCUCACGCGUCGCUGGGGGACGUUUUGAAGGCAGAACUGGCCUGGCUGCACACCCAGUUGCACUCGAAGUCGCCGUCGGUGGCUAGUCAUUGUGAUCUGCUGAGCGGGAACGUGAUCAUCUCCGAGGACCUGUCGGAGAAACUCAAAGCGGGCCUUUCGGCGUCUGACAUGGAGUACUACAUGCAACACAACCCAAUAGCAUUUAUAGACUACGAGUACAUGGUGAAGGCACCGCGGGCGCAGAAAGAUCCAACCCCUUAUUGA